AUGGCAAUCGAGGCGGCAACGAACGGCGUCCACGACACGUCAAAAAAUGGCGUCGUCAAUGGCACAAAAUCUACCUACCAGUAUUCGUCUCAUUACAUGUGGAAACCGCGGCCGAUUAGAAUCAUUGUCGUUGGCUGUGGUGUAUCGGGAAUUGCGGCCGUCAAGAUCUUCAAGGAGAGAUUCCCGGGAAAGCCAGUUGAGCUGGUCAUUUACGAGAAGAAUGCAGGAGUUGCGGGAACGUGGUUUGAGAAUCGCUAUCCAGGCUGUUCGUGCGACGUACCUUCGCAUGCCUAUUCGUUUUCUUGGGAGGGAAACCCGUACUGGUCUCGCGCGUAUGUGGACUGGAAGGAGCUGCUAGAGUACUUCACCGGUAGAGCCAAGGCAUAUGGGGUGUAUGACUUUGUGCAUCUCGAGCAUCGAGUCUCAAAGGCCGUGUGGAAUGACUCCACUGGACAAUGGGAGGUAGAGAUCGACAACUUGAAGACAGGGGAGAAGAUUGUGGACAAAGGGGAAGUUCUAGUCAAUGCGACCGGGUUUCUAAACAACUGGAAGUGGCCUGACAUUCCUGGUCUGCAAUCUUUCAAAGGUGUUCUCGCCCACUCGGCACACUACGAUACAUCUCUCAAGCUGGACGAUAGAGUCGUCGGCGUCAUAGGCUCUGGAUCCUCAGCCAUUCAGAUCGUGCCUCAAGCCCAGCGAGGUCAGUCCCCUACAUGGAUUACUCCCGAACUCGUUGCUGAGCUCGCCCCACAAGGAAGAGAAACAGUCUUCACCAAAGAGCAGCAGGAGGCAUGGGCAAGUGAUCCUGAUGGAUUUCUCCGACAUCGAAAAAGAGCCGAGAGCACCAUGAAUCACUUUUUCGACAUCCAGGUCAAGAACUCGUCUUUACAGAAGCAAGCGGCGGAGGAAACGAGGAGGCAGAUGAUAGACCAGUUGAGCAAGAAAAAAGAACUUAUUCCCAAGCUCGUGCCCGAGUUCGCGUUGGGGUGCCGCCGGAUCACUCCCGGACACGGCUACCUUGAGGCAUUGUGCUCAGACAAUGUCACGGUCCAGACCGAGGAAAUUCGAGAAGUCGUCCCGGACGGCCUCAUCCUCGACGAUGGCACGCACAUCAAGUUGGACGUUCUCAUCUGUGCCACUGGAUUCAACACCUCGUUCUGCCCGCCAUUCACUUUGGUAGGCGAGGGCGGCCAAGUGAUAAAUGAAAUCUGGAAAGACGAGCCUCGCUCAUAUCUAGGAUUUGGCGCUGCAGGAUUUCCUAAUUACUUUAUCACGAGCGGACCUAACUCCCCGACGGCCAAUGGCGCCCUGAUCCCGUGUUUCGAGUUUUGUUUGAGGUUUGCAUACAAUGCUGCUGAGAAGCUCAUGACCGAGAACAUCAAGUCCAUCACUCCAAAGCAGGAGGCAGUGGACGACUUCCAAGAGCACAAAGAUUCUGUCAUGAAAGACCUUGUGUGGACUUCGUCGUGCCGAUCAUGGUACAAGAAUGGAACGAUAGAUGGUACGGUAUGGGGCCCUUGGCCUGGUUCAGCCGUGCAUUUCCUUGAACUCAUCACCACCCCACGCUGGGAGGACUUCAACUUCAAGUAUCGAUCAUCCAAUCGCUUCGAGUUCCUAGGCCGCGGACGAACUGCUCGAGAACUCGAGGGCGGUGAUCUCGCGUGGUACCUGGACCAGCCCGGCGCCUCGGAUGCCGCGAGAAAAGAGAUUGUGCACGUCAACGACCCAAUAAUGGCGUCGGAUCCUGAGGAGUCCAUAGGAGCAGACGGUCUCUAUGCAGUAUACGACAGUGACAACCAUCGUGUGGAAGAUAUCGCCGGCAUUGGGGCAGCUGUUGUGAGAAGUCUGGCAGCCCGAGGCGCGGACGUCUGUUUCAACUAUACAUCGGAGUCGUCCAUCACCAAGAGCGAGACCCUGGUGGCCGAGAUACAGGCAGAGUACGGCACGAGGGCUGUCUGCGUUCGAGCCGAUCUUGGACAACCAGACGCUGGGGAUAAAAUCGUCGAAGCCGCCAGACGGUCUCUCACCCCGCCAGAGGGUGGUCGGUUCCAAAUCGACAUUGUCGUCAACAACGCGGGAGUCUGUCCGGCGGAUCUCCUGCCGGAUAUCACCACAAAGAGCUUCUAUGAUUCCUAUGCCAUCAACGUACUUGGACCAAUCCUCGUUAUGCAGGCGGUUCUACCAUACCUACCCCACGACCGAUCUGGGCGGGUCAUAAACAUCUCUUCAAUCUCGGCCACCAUCGGCACACUCGGACACACCGUCUACGGAGGCACGAAAGCCGCACUCGACGCCAUGACGAGAACGUGGUCGCGCGAACUGGCCGAGCGAGCGACUGUCAACGCCCUCAACGUGGGCCCCGUGCUGACCGACAUGCAACCCAUCCCGUACGUGGCGGAAAAGGUGGCCCUCAUGAACACGAUGACACCGUUGGGGCCCAUCCGCGACACGGACACUGACGAGAUGAAGGCCAUUGCAAAGUCAUUCAAUGGUCGCGUGGCCUAUGAUUACGAGAUUGGGGACGCUGUGGCUCUGCACUGUAUGCCCGAGGCGCGAUGGACGACAGGCAUGAUCAUUGGCGUGAAUGGUGGGUUUGACUUUAUCCGGUGA